AUGCGGCUGGACCCUGAGACCGGGCAGUUCGCCGCGGCGGACGCGGGGCAGGGCCCGGCCGGCGGCGAGCAGCAGCAGCAGCAGCAGCAGGAGGGCGACCCACAGCAGCAGGAGCAGGAGCAGGAGGAGCAGCAGCAGCAGAACCCAAUUGGGCCGGCGCCGGCACCAGCACCGGCCGCUGCCGCGGGGGCAGGGCGGGGGCCGCGCGCCCCUGUGCAGCUCGCGCCCCGCCGCACGGCAACGAUUGGCGCCGCGCCGCAGCUCAACUCGCAGGGGCUCCUGGCAGUGAUCGCAGUGGAGGAGGAGCGGGAGAAGGAGGAGCGGCGGCGGAAGAAACUGCUCCAGCAGCGGGCCGAGGCGGCGGGCGGCCGCCGCGCGCCGCAGCAGCCGGGCGGGCAGCCGACGCCGGCGCCCGCACCCGCUCCCGCGCCUGCGGCGCCUGCGCCGUCGGUGGCCGCUAAAGUCGGUGCUGGGGCGGUGCAGGGCGUGGUCUAUGUCAGCAAAUGGGCGCAGCGCAACCGCGGCGCGCAGCCCCAGUAA